AUGGUGUUGAAUGCAUCCAUAACCAAACUGGUGUGGACGCAUCGAAAACAAAAAUGGUGUUGGGCGCAUCCAAAACUAAAAUGGUGUUUGCGCAUCCAAAACCAAAAUGGUGUUGGGCGCAUCCAAAACCAAAAUGCAUGGUGUUGGCGCAUCCUAAACCAAAAUGGUGUUGGACACAUCCAAAAGCAAAAUGGUGUUGCCGCAUCCAAAACCAAAAUGGUGUCGGACGCAUGCAGAACCAAAAUGGUAUGGCGCAUCCAAGACCAAAUUGGUGUUGGCGCAUCCAAAACCAAAAUGGUGCUGGACGCAUCCAAGACCAAAAUGCUGUUGGAUGUAUCCAAAACCAAAAUGGUGUUGGCGCAUCCAAAACCGGAAAUGGUGUUGUACGCAUCCAAAACCGGAAAUGGUUUUGUACGCAUCCAAAACCAAAAUGGUGUUGGUGCAUCCCAAACCAAAAUGGUGUUGGCGCAUCCAAAACCAAAAUGGUGUUGA